AGUUAUCCGGGUAUGUCAAUAGAGCGAGUCUACGCGCUGCUGCCUCGUACAAGUGUGGUGGUGACGAAUGGAAGUGUUAUUUUGAUGGAAUCCGUGGCCUUCCGAAAGGUUUUCGGAUGCUCAGUUCCUCGGUGGUUUUGUGCGUUCGUGCUGUAGAUUGGAUAAUUUGUCGUGCGAUUGUGUCAUCACCGCGCCAUUCUGAGGCACGCGCUCACAUCGUCUCGCUGUCCGGGCCCUUUGCACUUUGCAUGCGUUCGAAUAUGUUGUGCCAUCCCGUGCGGUGCUGUGUAGAGGAAUCGUUAUCGACAGCGUGCGAACAAACAUCGACUGACAAAAUCACGAGCCAUUAUCAAGAAACUGCGAGUGAAUAAUCCUCUGUGCUGUUAAUUUUGGGUUAGCCUAGCCAGACGAAUUAUUUCUAAAACAUAAGCGACAAAACGCCGGCGUGUCGUACAUAGGUACGACAUCGAACAAGGUGUCAAAUCUCGGUGCUCCGUGGCGGGACUAGAUCGGCCCGGUUGAGCAGCGUAAAUCGCAAAGCAAACGAAUUGUUGUGCCAUGCCGUGGUAGUGCAGCAAACUGAUCAGACCGAGCAAGAAUGCUGGAUCGAUCCGAACCGUACGAACAUGGUACUGGAGCGGCACUAGGUACGACGCGGCCGAAAGAAAAAACUUCCUGCUGUAAAAAACUUCAUCCAAGAAGCCUACAUCAACCUCGGCCAGUAACGGCGGCGCUCACACUCAUCCUUAGCGAUAAGCAUCACGCACAGCCGUCGCGCGUCGAGAAUCUCACUACACGGAUCCGGGUGCGGAAGUAACGAAUAAGCUACCCACACACGGCUGCCCGCCCAGCGCUUUAUCGGUCGUCAUGAUAGCUUAUCUGUCCAAAAUGCGAUCGUCGGAGAUGAGUGGGGCCGAAACUACCCAGUUUCUCAAACUAUCCAGUGCCGUAUUUUACGGGCUUUCCUCGUUCCUGAUUACCGUAGUCAAUAAGACCGUACUGACUAGCUACCGAUUUCCGUCGUUUCUGGUGCUCAGCCUCGGCCAGCUAACCGCCAGCAUCGUCGUGCUGUUCGUUGCCAAACGAUUACAGCUGGUCAAAUUUCCCGACUUCAGCCGGGACAUUCCGCGGCGGAUAUUCCCGCUGCCGCUAAUCUAUCUCGGGAACAUGAUGUUCGGGCUGGGUGGUACCCAAGCGCUGAGCCUGCCGAUGUUUGCUGCUCUGCGGCGGUUCUCGAUCCUGCUAACAAUGCUGCUCGAGCUGCUGGUGCUCGGUAUACGGCCAACGCUGGCUGUGAAAGUGAGCGUAUUUGCCAUGGUCGGAGGCGCACUGAUGGCUGCGCUGGAUGAUCUUUCCUUCAACCUGCAGGGCUACAUGUACGUGAUGAUUACGAACACCCUAACGGCGGCAAACGGUGUGUACAUGAAGAAGAAACUGGACACAGCGGACAUGGGCAAGUACGGGCUGAUGUACUACAACUCGCUGUUUAUGAUACUGCCCGCCCUUGUCGGAACCUGGCUCGCCGGUGACAUCGAUCGUGCGUGGCAGUACGAAGGCUGGAACGAUCCGUUCUUUGCGGCGCAGUUUCUACUGUCCUGCGUGAUGGGCUUCAUCCUGUCGUACAGCGUCAUCCUGUGCACGCAGCACAACUCGGCCCUUACCACCACCAUCGUGGGCUGUCUGAAGAACAUCAGCGUUACCUACAUCGGCAUGUUCAUCGGGGGUGAUUAUGUGUUUUCGUUGCUGAACGCGCUCGGCAUCAACAUCAGCGUGGCGGGCAGCUUGCUCUACACGUACGUCACCUUCCGGAAGAAGCCAAGCAGCUCGGGCGGCAGUUCGGGAGACUCGUUGUCGUCGUCGGACAAGAAGCUGCUGCUUCCCGCGGCCGGAAGGAUCGAUAACGUGUCUACACGAACCACCGCCAUGUUUGCACGAAAAAGCUAUGCGAUGCUUUCCGCCGUUAGAAAAUGUGCGUAUGUGCGUCUGCUAGCCACAUCCGCCGGAACCGACGCAACGGGAACAAUCAACGUUUCCGUGAACGAUGGAGGACCACCACCACCGACAGCGCCAGAGUUGGACGAGUUUACCAAAGAAUUUCAACGCAAUCGAAUCGAAGUCAGCGACAUCCAAAGACUGAUCUUGAGCGCCGGAAGUUCCGUUGCCGCUUUAAUUGAUCCGCGAAGACAUGAUAUGAUCGCCUGCCUCGGGGAAACAACUGGCCGAGAGGCGCUAGAAAAGAUGCUUCACUACAUGCGAUCGAGCGAGGAAGGGCAGCAGAUUCUUAGCGAGAAACCUCGCAUCAAUACACGCACGGUGGAUAUGGAGGCGCUGAAAACGUUGCCCGAGAAUACGUUCGGGCACACGUACGUUAAAUUUAUGGAGGCUAAUAAUAUAACGCCCGACUCACGGAUGGAGGUUCGAUUUCUGGACGAUCCCGAGCUCGCCUACGUGAUGACUCGUUACAGAGAAACGCACGAUAUGGUACACGCUGUGCUCGACAUGCCCACCAACAUGCUCGGUGAGGUAACGGUCAAAUGGGUGGAAGCGUUGAAUACCGGUCUGCCGAUGUGUUACGGUGGUGCCGUUUUUGGCGCAUUUCGACUGCGUCCCAAGCAAAGACAAAACUAUCUGCGCCAGUAUUUACCCUGGGCGCUUCGGACAGGCAAUCGCAUCAAACCGCUCAUGACGGUGUACUGGGAAAAGCGAUGGGAUCAGGAUGUGGCGGAGCUACGCAAGGAGCUCAACAUUGAACUGAUGAAUGUGAAGUGAGGUGUCAUCGCGCUACGAGUCACCCGCAACGUAUUACUACCAAAUCAAAUAACACAUAAGGUGCUUUUUCGUAUGUUAGUAUAAUUUAACAUGCUCAUAGUGUUCAAUUUCCGUUAAACGAUCAAUUCUUAUUCAGUUCAGCGACUAGAACGGGAAACUAAAAUUUGAGCUGAUAUUUGUUCGGCUUCAGGUCCUUCGAUUGUUUCGAAGAUUCCUUGGGCAGCGUGGACGAGGCGUGUCCCAGCAGAAGCUCCAACAGAUGGCGGUUGCACAUCUCGGGAAGCGUAAUAUUGAGAUCGAUGGCGUUCUGCAUAAUUUCCGAACAAGCUCGUAAGUUUUUGCGCCAAUCUGAAAUGAGUUGUGGGGUAGAAAUAAUUAAAAUUUCAACAGUAAAA